AUGUCCGCCAUACUGAUGCAUUCACCUGCGUCUAUCACUAUGAACCGCCUAAUGACUGCUCGAGAUGAAUCUGGAAUCAAAAUUUCUCAUCCAAUUGUCUCAAUAGCUCAGCCUUUAACAAUUGUUAAUUUUCAAUUAUCCUAUAACCUCACUGCAACGCUUACAACCCCAUCUUCGACCCAGCCUCGAAGAAGCCCGUCAUGGCAUCGCGCUCCCACUUCACCCGCAUCCCCUCGCAACCACGCAAUCCCUUCCCGCUCACUUCCGCCCGCUGCACCGUCCACGAUCCGACGCAACUUGUUCCACGCCCACCUCAGCCGUCGGCAGCACACCACAUCCACGACCUCUAGCUCUGGCACAUCGCGCAGCCGCACGCACACCCAUACACUUUCCGGCAGCGGCGAUGGAAGCGGGCUAAGCAGCGCUCUGGGUGGGGGGAUAUCCAAAUCCCGACUCAUGACCGGCGUGCUCUCGCGGGGCGGCUCGAUAGCGGAUGAGGGUGAUAUCGUUGCCCGUGAUAAGAACGGUAGCUAUAGAGUUGACAUACCUACUCUGCGGCUGGGAGCUUUUGGUGAAGGUGCUGCGGAUGGCGACGAGGUGAUGGAGGUUGUUGAAGGCUGUGGACAUGCGGGGAUUGAGCAUGAGGACGGGAUGAGUAGCAUGGACAAAAGUAGUGUGUUUCUCCUGUUUGCGGGGGAACUAGCUUUCCUGUGUUUCGUGCUUACGGUUUGCUUUUACAGAAAUCGAUGCGAGCAUCGCGGAAAUGAUGCGGCGCAAUCGGAGCAGACAACUGAAUAG